AUGUUUACAGUGUGCUGGACAUUAAUAACGAGCGGUCGUAUGUCGGAGAACGUCCUAUCAUUUAAGGCUGACGCGUCGGACAAUAAGGCUCGGUAUACGUGUGAAGCUAAGAACAUUAUGAUCAGCAACACGUUGAAGGCUGAAAUCGAUCUCACUGUACUAUUUGCUCCCGCUCAUGUGACUAUAUCUGGACCUACGGAAGCACGCGUGGGUGAUCCAGUACCACUCACAUGUACCACGGCUCCUUCGAACCCUGCUCCGGAGAUUAAAUGGCUUGUGCUCGGGAAAAACCACAAAGAGGCCAGCAAUCGGACUGUUAUAUCGCCUGAGGGAGGCUGGAUAACGACAUCAAACAUAACAGCGGUGGUGGAACCGAAUCGACGGUCCGUGACAGUGGUGUGUCAUGGCAUCAAUACACAGUUAACUGAAAUUACCGUCGCUUCUCACACUAUUAACGUGCUAUAUGAACCCAUCUUCGACGAGACCACUCAAACAACGGCGGUGGGCGUAGAACACGAACAGCUCAUAGUAUCAGCUCGUGCGCACGGCAACCCUUCGCACAUCACGUACACUUGGACAAAGGACGGACUGCCUAUCACGCAUUCCUCGUAUAGCACAACCACUUCGUCCGAAGUAGGCGAAUUGAACGUAGUAUCCACUGAGUUUGUAGAAACAGCUGACGUGUCGAAGUCCGUAGUAGUUUAUGUUUCGAUCACCGGAGUAGUUUUGGUUUUGAUAAAUGCUGCUUUGGUAGCUUGCUUUAUUUUUAAGCGACGAUCCAGGCGAUUAAAAGGCAAACAGAACUACGUCCCUGCCCCCAGCCCCAUGCCCCCGCUGGACGGGUCCUACUACAACAUGUCAUCCGAUAGAUAUCUCUCGUAUCCACCCUUAAUUGGAGAAUAUUUACAACAGCAGCAGUCGGGUCGUACGCCGACUCCGCCGCAGCAGUACGCGCACAAGCCUCUGUCCAACGGCGGCGUCCCUUCGCCCUCGCAUCUCGCCACGCCGCCCCUCAACUGCAUUGAUGCCCUAGACCGUCAAUCAACGGGCGGGACGCUAAGACGGCAGAGGUUCGACAAAAUGGCCGUACCACCACCUGACGUCACGGUUUUACACCCUGGAAAUUGUACACAGCACAUACAACUGAACCAGACGCCGUCAGUGAAGCAGCCACAAUCAAUACUAAAAGACCCAUCUCGACACAAAUACGGCUACGGCAGCCCCAUUUCGUCCAGCACGCCACAGAACUCAAACCAAAUCCUAACCGUGCAAAACUUAACCUCGGACGUCCCCCAGUACGGGACGAUUAAAAAAGAGAAAAAACAAAACGUCACCAUCGACGAAUCAUAUAAUAAGCGAAGUGAAACGCACGUCGUGUAA